UCUUCUAAUGAUAAGGAUAGGCCCAAAUCAGAAACGACGUCCGCUCCGCUAAGAAACGCCCAUUUCCGGGUAUACCCGCAGUAUGAGGAAUGCUGACGUCAGUGUCAGCUGUUUUCAUACAACAUGCUCUCAUGCCGGCGGGACGUUACUUCACAAUAACAUAUAAUGCGAUGAGAAGAGCUAGUCUUCGUAUGCAUGGACAGCUGUAUAUCUCGACUAAGCGUCGGAUCAGGUGGAAGCAGUAAACGGGUUUGAGUCCUGUGGUGGAUUUCCACGCCCAGCUGUAUUCGCCCUCGAUCGGAUGAAAUCGUACAGGCGGCCGCUCAGAUAAGUUCUGUCCUCACAUCCAUGGUGGUGAACCUCUCUGAUGGAAAGGAAGUCUGUCAAACAGCUCAACAUGGUCUCCAGGCUGCCCAAGUUUGCUUCCUGUCCCUCAGGCACCACCAUGACUGCCCUUCCCCAAGGAUCAGCCCUCCCGGUUUCCUCCUCAGAGUCUAAAGGUGGACCUCUAGUCAGGCACAAUAAAUCGACAAGUCUACAAUCCCUAAAUUGGAGAAAGGGUGAAGAGGACAUUGGAAACAAAGUUCAACAUUCUGACAGCUUGGAUCAGGAGACUAGUGCAACUAGCAUAACACCAGUGAUGGUGACUAAAAAGCCUUCCCCUGCAGCUGCAGUAAAAUGUAAAAGUGCAGUCCCCACUUCACAAAGUAGUUUCCCCAGGAGCAUACUUCAGCCUAGCAAAACCUUUCCCCGCAUGACUACACCGAAACAUCACUCAACAGUGAAUCUCCUGUAUAAUGACAUGGCUUCUCAGAAUGGAGUAAGUGUUGGUAAUGGGCGAUGUGGCUCCUUAGGGCCCGGUGUUGGUCAUGUAUCCCAACAAAGAACCCUGCAGAGCAAACUAUCCCUGUCCAACGACAGCAUCAAGUCUGACUCUACAGACAGCAUAGUGCGCUCUCAGAGUUUCACCAACUCCAAGAGGGUAACGUGCCCAACCAACCCACCUAUUACCCGCUCCUUCUCCUUUAACAAAGCUUCAGAGCUUGCUAAAGAACUUCCCAGACCAUUGGCACAGUCUCCAGUAGCUAAAUCAUCCCUCAUACAGCCAAAUACAGUAUUAUCCGAAGAGAAAGUAAAUAAAUAUGGAAUUCCAAGGCCUGCUGUAACUACUAGCAGUCAUCUUUUGCAGACUAACACAAUAAAGAAAUCCCUUUUACCCAGCUUUUCAGGUAACAAACCUUCUGUGCUUAGUUAUAGACUUACACGUCCAACACUAACCAAACACCCCCGCCCUGUUCUCCUUGGAAUUGUUCAAAAAGACGCAGAAUUGAGUAAAAAUGUCCAAGACACUACAAAGAUAGCAGAAACCAGUUCAGAACCAAGUAGCAACAUUGAAAGUAUUGAAACUUCCCCAAAUGAGACUUAUUUUGAAGCAAAGGAGACUGAGGGGAGUCUGGGGCCCUCCUUGGAGGAUAUGUCGCUAUCAUCGUCCUCCUCUGUGGAGCACAAUGACACUAGUGAAGAGUACAUGGAUGACUUUGAUAAUCUCGGGAAUGGAGGUGAGACCCUGCUGCUGCCUGUCCUCAGUGAUGGGUUAGACCACUUCGGGCUAUGUAAAGAUGACAGCGCUCUAAUUAGCAUGUGCAAUGAGGAAUCCACGAGGAAUGAGGUGACCAGCCUGCACACCUUCUUAUCCGAAACUGUUGACUGGGCAGGGAUGGGCCUCGCAGCUGUUAAAGAUGGCUUUGAGCAUGAGACGUUGUCUCCUGUAGGUGAUUUUCCUCAUGGAUCGUCUUUGGACCUGUCACCCUCAGACAGCUCUGGAGGGACUUACAUGUGGGACGAGGAGGGAAUGGAGGCACUGGGAGGCUCUGGACACCCAUGUGGAAGCUUUGACUCUGAUCUCAACAGCAUGGACAUUCUCGACAACCUGGAGAAUGUGGAGUCAUGUGACCUGGAGGAAGAUGACCUCAUGUUGGAUUUGGACCGGUCUGAAGAUGCAUCUUUACACAGCGAAACUGAUGGGACAUCACCUUAUGAAUGCUCAGAGAAAGAUGGCUGGCCAACUCAGAGGAGGAGACGACAGCAGCUCUGGGGCAGGCGUGAUCAGUUCCGUCGUAAAAACAGAAGUGGCAUUUUGCAGUCAUUUGACGGGCUCGAGGAACAGGGGCUGGAGAGGUCAAGGUCAGACCAUGUGACAUUGGAUGAGUUGACUCUGAAACUCAUGACUCAAGACUGCUCUUCUGUCAAAGAACAGCUGCUUCAACUGAAGACACUGCUUCAGAUGGAGACAGAUAGUUCAGUUGAAGAUACUUUAGAGGCUAAUACUCCAUCAUCCACUGACCAAUCUUUACUUGACCAGAAGGUGGCGCUGCUCCUGAAAGAGGUUCAAGAACUGAGAGAUGAGCUCAGAAGCAAAGAUAGGAUGAUCGCUGAACUUUCCCAACAGCUGUCUUCUCCAGUAGAGGAUAUGCAGUGCUGCUGCUUGCAGGGUUCAGAAGCUAACAAGGAGUCACCGGAGCACCAGGACAAGGAUACUCAAACCUUGUGGAAGGCACAUAAUCUUCAGAUACUACAGACUCCCAGAUUCUUACCCAACAAGCUCCACAACCAUGAAGGACUUUCAAGUCCAGUCUCUUCAGAGACCCCUUCUGACGGUUUGGAUGCCAAGCCUGGUCACCACCCACUAAUGCCCCAGUCCUGCUCUUCAGACCUACAAAGUCCCAUCACUGUUGAGUCUACCCCAAACUGUGCUAUACCAACGGUUACUAUAUCUGCUGAUAGCUCUGCUGCCUUCUCUUCCAGAACUUUUCAGAGCUCUGAUCCUGCUGAUCUUGGCCUCAUGAGCAACCAGGUUAAAAUCAAUGAGCCAGCAAUCCCACCAGCUUCUGCCAGCUUUUGCAGCAAGCUAGAAAGAGGUAUACAAAAACUUCCUUUGAGAAGAAGCAAUUUUUCAACCAUACAGCCACCCACUUCUAUUAAGAGAGCUUCCACACUCAUCAAGCCCCAGGAAGUACAACGGGUCAGUGUGUUCAACGGAGCCCUGGGUAGGUUUGGAGCCACAGGUCUAUCCAGAACAAGACAUCUACCUUUAUCAGCUGCCGGACUGCUUUGCAUCAACCCAGCCCAACAAACUACCAUGCACAGCACCACUGCACCAAUAUUUAACCAACAAAAUCAAGGGUGCAGACAGUCUUUAAUGCUCAGAAACAGAGAGAGCAGUUUGCCCAGAACCAGUGCCCCCCUCCAGCCCAAACAUUCCCGCCUUCCUAAGCCAAAGACAGUUUCUUCUCUACCAAACCCUACGGCUCAGCAAGGUCAAACAACAACCUCCCCCGCUCUGCCUUCUCGUAUGCUUCCAUAAAUCUAGAUUAACUUAGCAGGGCUUUAGGCAUCCCACCAGAGUGUAGAAAACCUGCUUGUUAAGGCCCUGCUUGUAAGGCACCAGUCAAGUAUCCUGGCAGUUAUGCUUACUAUGUACAAAACAUGACAUAAUGCACUAAGUUGUAAGACACUACUGUCAACCUUGUACCUAUGCACCUUGCAGAAGAUAUUGCUCCUUUGAUAGAUUAGCAAGGCACCACUUCUCUAGAAUAACGAUCAAAACAAAGUAGAGUGUUGUUAUUGUUCCCACAUGAGUUUUUUUUUUUUUGCUCUCAUUGAUUCUGUUGAGAGAGACUUGCUUUUUCCUUUCUUAACUACCACCACGGUAUGUGCACCGCGUGGGCCAUGAUGAAUGAGUGCCCACUGAGAUUUUCAGAGGAGCCGUCUGUUCCAAUUGCUUCUCUGCCCAUCUCUCUUUGUACCUUUGUUCUUUGCCACUACCAUGAAGAUUGUGUCCUGCUGGAAUUGGCCUCCCACCACCGUACCUAAUGAGAGCAAGUUCUGGAAGCCAAGUAAAUCUUAACAGCAGAAUGAGUUGUAAGGCCGUGAACAUAAUGGAAAAUGGAAAAAAAGAAACAUUAGCCUAUACAGUGUGGGAGUUUGAAAUGCAAGGUUACUUUUACAAUGCAAGGUUACAAUUACAGUGAUUUCACCAAGUAGGACAUGUUUUUGAUUGAUAUAACAGUUCUUUCUGGUCCUCCAAUCUGAUUGGCUGAUAAGAGUAUGAUAUUAGAGUCCAACUUAACUCCAACAACUGUUUCACCAUUUGUAUCACUUCGCUUGCAGAAGUUGCCGUAUUUAUCACAGCGAGUGUCAUGGCGGACGCCCAAAUCAUGUUGUGGCUAGAAGGGAUACAGCUUCAAUUUGAAAUUAACAAUAAAUUGUAUUUCUACCUAUUAGAUUGUGUUUUAUUAAUAUCUACACCUACCCCAACCCUAAACCUACCUAUUACAAUAAUGCAAAAAUAGUAAUUAUUGUUGUACAGUGUGACAUAAAUUACACUAUAUUGAUGUGUGCAUGCCCAUUAGCCACAACAGUCUCCCUUCUAGCCUUAACCCCCAAAUCCACUAUAAUUUAAAAAAAAAUACUGUUUUAUAUCACGGAAUAUAGUUUUAAGAGUUUUUUUUAGGCGAGAAUGUACUUGUUUGGACUUCAAAUAUGUGGUUUGUUGAUAAAGAUAACGUCUAUUUGAAGAUUUGUUUCAGUGUUUUAGGAGUUGUGAACUCCAGGGCUGUUCAGCGCUCAAAAACCCGCCGAGAGUGCCACCUUGGCCAGAUCUUUAUUGUAAAUAUGAGAUUGAGCUGAAGAAUGAAUGCUGUAUCAGAUGCAGGUAAUCACACUCGCUGAGUCAAUCUCUCUUUCAUAAUACUCUCCUACACAUAACACACUGCUUUUAAUACAGUAAUACAAUAAGCUUUUAAUGAAGCAAUGUGUUCCUCAGUGUUCCUUUGUUGCCAUUUCUAAAUUGACAUUUUCAGAUUAGUAACAGAGGCUUGGGCUCAGCUGUUAAACUGUCAACUUUAGAUUUGAAUCCAUGGCGGAAGGAAGUAGUUCUGCACAAAAUAGGGCUUUUAAAGACACUCUGUUGUUGUUCCUAAAUUAUUUACACAUUCGUGCUGCCAAACUGUUCUAUAAACGCAAUAUCACACUCUGUGAUUACCUACGCCACUUGGCCUGAAUCCUCACACCUACGACCAAAUCACAGCUAUGCCGAUAUAUAUAUAAAGUCAUGUCCUACUUGGUAGAGUCAAGGUGAACAUAUACUUGAUUGUGACUCACAGGAAUCAAGGAAUGCUUUGUGCAUGCUUACAUUUAGGAAAAACAAAACACACAGUGAUUCAAGAGCAGUGCCUGAUUGCAAAUCAUAGAACAAGGAACUUGUUAAUUUAUUAUGAGGUGCAGCUCUUACUAGUUGGACUCUGUUAACCUCACUCUUCUAAACUUUGCUCCCCUCCGGGUCACUGCACCAGUGCAACCAGUUCUGCUUGACCCGCUCUGAGUGGAGCUUGAACUGGCAAAAGCUAACACAGGAGGUGGGCGCGCUAACAUGGACACUGAAGAUUGCAGCCUCUAUCAGUCUCUAGUAUGCCUAUUGAGGCCAGGUUUAAGUGUGCAGCUCUUACUAGCUGGCCUCUUUUUACAUCCAGUCCAUGCCUGAUUAUAUAAUUCAGUGCUACACUUCUCAGUUUCUUCUUAUCUUAUUUAGUUUUUGUUCUAAAAAUGAGGAAUAAUAAUUAUAUACAGAUUUCAUUGUAAAAGAUAUUUUUUAUCCUCAUUCCCCUUUUCUCACAGUCUGUACUUCCACACAGUUUAGAAAUGGGAAACAUCUUCCCACUUCAUCUACUCUUGUAGUUAAAUCUUAUGAAAAAUAAAAUGUCCAAAACUUUGCGACAGCAGCCCCAAACUUUAAUUCCACAUCUAUUCACAACAAGAUUCAGGUUGUCUAAUUGCCUUAGCAAACAUUGCAGGAUAUGGUUAGCGAAGACACUGACUUAUCUGGUGCGAAUCUGUCAGGCUCUUCAGCCAGCACGACAGCUUUCUACACAAGUCAAACUGUUUAUCCCUGCAUCUCAGUUCAUCCAUCCUUUGCCACUUCAACAUGCUUGCAGAUGCCAUUUAAUGAGGCUGUCGAGAUGGCAUCCACAUUGCAUUAGACACUGUUGAUGUUAAAAGGGUUUUAAUGAUACAGAUCCUUAAUAUGGUGGAGAGGAACCUGACGCAAUAGCUAGAUUAACGGCAAACCCUCACCCUAAUCCCCAAAUCCUCUUCAACGUACACUCACCUCACAAAAUACUCCCAUCGCUACUUCUAUUCUCUGCUUGUGGCCUCAGCUAUAUUGCUGGAGAGAGUAUACUGUAGAUUUGAGUGAGUAGACAAUAUCUCUUCUGAUGAACUUGCUAAAGUGCUUUGGAGUGAAGAUGUUCUGAGACUCUGUCCAUGGAGGAGAGUAGAGCCCUUACUGAAGGCUCAAGCAAACAAUUUAGUAUCUUAUAGUUUCUCAUUCUACUGACAAAAAACAGCCAGCAAUAUAUAUAGCAGUGUUUUCCUACUUAAACAUGAAACAAGUAUCUGCAAAGCUUCUUUGAUCAUGAAUAUCAUUAAAGUAUAAUGGAUAAAUGUUAUUGAACCUAAAACAACUGACUGGUGUACUUGGCCGUGUUGUGUUCUCCUUCUUGCACAAUUAACAUUUACAGAAGUGUCUUUGAGAAGUGUGUAGUGCAAGUGUAGUACAUUGUUCCAAUGUUUUCCAGCCAUCUUCAUUUUGAAUACUACACUGUAAACCUGUCUGUUGCUUUUUAAAUUAUAUUGUAAAAGUUUUGCUUUGAAUGUAUACUUGUGCUAUCUGUCUAUGUUGUCACCUAAUGCCAUGACAUUCAUAUAUUUUUAAAUUUGGCUUAAGUCCCCAAAUACUUUUUGGCAUUUACCACAUAGCUCAGCUAUUGUGUUUGCACUCCGGUAGUCUGCUGGAACCAUAGAAAUCUAAUUUAAGACAUUUCAGUUACAUUGGGAUGUGGAGAGGAAAGGAUGGAUCAAUAUGCAGACAACCAGAGUUUGACUCACUCUUAUACCCAUACUUUUUUCUUGUCUCCACUCCUAAUACUCAAUUUACUUCUAACAAUAAAUAAAACUUAUAAACAGGCUGAAUGCAACAUAGCUUAAUGCUAGGUGUAUUCAGAGAAUAAUUUGAUCCAGCUAAGGCAAAGCGGGACUGAAAAAAAUCUGACCUUUACCUGCAGGCUUUUGUGGGUGGGAACAGGUCAAAAUAUUACAUAAAUUUUGCAGGAGUGGGCCAGAAUCUCACAGGAACAAGCUGGAGCUGGUCUGAAAAAUCCAAGAAAUGUUAUGUGGUACACUACUGUCUUUACAUCAUGAUUACAGUUUAGAAACUAGAAAAUAAUGUCUAUCACUUUUAUUUUAAGUCUGUAUAAAAUACACAAACGUUAAAAUACUUCUGUGGCCUCACCAUUUUUGUGGAUUACUUGAAAUUUUUGAUUUUGUAGCUAUAUAAUACUUGUAUUUUGUCUUUUGUGGUGGUACCUAUAAUAAACACUAGUUUGCUGGGGAGAUGAGGAUAUACUUAAAUGAGGGUUCAGCUUCUGAUUUCUUUUGCCUCUACUGACCCAUGUAAACGUUUAAGGAACAAUAUCACUCAUUACUGAAUGUCCCCCUGUAGUAUUAUAUUUAGUGUCAGAUGCAGCAACAUGUUAAUGCAUAAUGGAGACACAUUUAUUAGCUCUUUUUGUAAUGUUUUUAUUGUUCUUUUUGUGUACCAUCUGUUUACUUAAUUUGUGCUACAUUAUAACUGUAUGAAAAUUGCACUGCCUUUUAAUGUAAACUUCUUUUCAAAUUUAAUUUAUUUGUGCACUUCCAAGUGUGUGUGUGUGUGUGUGUGUGUUACUGAUAAAAGAAUACCAGUUAAACAGAUAUGCACUUUAAAUGUAGAGAUGAGAGAUGUUUUCAUGUGCUUUGCGUCUCUCCAUGAGGCUGAGUGUACAAGAGCUCUAAAUAAAGACAGCACCAAAAGCUACUGCAAACUU